GGGGAGCUUAUCCAAGCCUCCAACUGAUACGCGCCAUUAAGCUCCAACUCAAUGCCCCGCGAUGCAUCCAGAUGCUGCGGCCGUCAUGGGAUUAGUGAUGAUACGACUGGCCUUGACUCAGUCUAGCUUCUUGUUCGCGCCGUUAUCAUAAGGACUCUCAUCGCCGGCGAACGGUUAGCUCCCCGCUUCUGUGACUUGACAUAUUUCCCUGCUUUCGGUUCCCUGUUCUUGACCUUGCUCUCCGGCGCAUUGCAUCCAGACCAAUUCUCAGACUUUGACCAAACACCAAAUUUACAAUGGGCAAGAAGCGCGUUCUCAUUAGCUACGGCGUCGACGUCGACGCUGUCGCAGGUUGGCUGGGCUCUUACGGCGGCGAAGACUCGCCAAACGACAUCAGCAGAGGCAUCUUCGCGGGCACGGUGGGCACGCAACGGCUGCUAAAGCUGUUCGAUAAGUACAACAUUAAGACGACUUGGUUCAUCCCCGGUCACAGUCUGGACUCUUUCCCCGAGGAUAUGGCCGCUGUGAGAGAUGCUGGUCACGAGAUUGGCUUGCACGGUUAUUCGCACGAGAACCCGACCGACAUGACAAUUGAACAACAGCGCGAUGUCUUGGAUAAGACAUAUCGGCAAUUGACAGACUUCUGCGGUGGCAAGCCGCCCCGAGGAAGCGUCGCACCUUGGUGGGAGACCAGCGGCGAAGGCGCCCAGCUCCUCCUUGACUACGGCAUCGAAUACGACCACAGCAUGGCGCACCACGACUGCCAACCAUACUAUCUCAACACGGGAGAGUCAUGGACCAAGAUCGACUACAAAAAGAAGGCCGAGGAGUGGAUGAAGCCGCUGGUCAAGGGCACUGACACGGGCCUGGUUGAGAUUCCUACCAACUGGUAUCUCGACGACCUGCCGCCCAUGAUGUUUAUCAAGGCGGCACCCAACAGCCACGGCUUCGUCAAUGCGCGCGACGUUGAGGAUAUCUGGCGCGACCACUUUGACUACUUCUACCGCGAGUACGACGAGUUCAUCUUUCCCAUGACCGUCCACCCUGACGUGUCAGGACGGCCGCAUGCGCUUUUGAUGCACGAGAGACUUAUCGAGCACUUCAAAAGCCACGAGGGCGUCGAGUUUGUGACGAUGGCGCAGAUGUCGGAUGAGUUUAAGAGCAAGAACAAGCCAGCGCCUGGAGCGCUGAUGCCUGCGGCAGCGGGCGCUAUGUUGAAGAAGUGAUGUUAACUUUAC